AUGAAGCUCUUGGUGCUGCUGGUUUGCAACUUCCUGGUGUGGAAAGUGGGUGAGAUGAGGUCAGAUACUCUGGAGAAGUUGUCUGCGCUGGCUCCAGGAGCUCUCAGCAUGAAGGAGACCUUCCUGGUGCUCUCGCUGCACAACAAGCUGAGGAGCAAAGUGCAGCCCCCCGCCGCCAACAUGCAGAAGCUGGAGUGGAGCGAGGAGCUGGGGCAGCUGGCAGUCUCCACAGGGUUGUGUCGGGGGGAGGAGCUGGGCCAGCCACCUCCAGCUGCCUCCGGCGACAGGGGCAACUGGGAGGUGGGGGGGACGCCCGUCCUGCCCUACAAGCAGGGUCCCUGGUGCUCCCUCUGCACCGCUGGCCUCUCCGGCUGCUUCAAGUCCUGGGACCACGGUGGCGGGCUCUGCGAGGUGCCCAGGAACCCCUGCCGCAUGAGCUGCAGAAACAGUGGGCGCCUCGACAUGAGGAGCUGCCAAUGCGCCUGUCCCCCUGGCUACACGGGCAGGUACUGCCAAGUGAGGUGCAGUGGGCAGUGCCUCCACGGGAAGUUCAGGAAGGAGGAGUGCUCCUGCCUCUGCGAUGUGGGCUACGGUGGAGCCGAGUGCGGCACGAAGAUUCAGUUCCCUUUCCAUGCCUGCGACGUGCAGAUAGACGGCAACUGCUUCAUGGUGUCCCCUGAGGCUGACACCUACUACGGGGCCAAAAUAAAGUGCCAGGAGAAAGGGGCGAUGCUGGCCCAGAUCAGAAACCAGAAGGUCCAGGACAUCCUGGCUUUCUACCUCAGCCGCUUGGAGACCAGUAACAGGGUGACAGACACCGAUUUUGAGACUGGGAACUUCUGGAUUGGUCUCACCUACAAGACGUCCAGGGCUUCCUUCCGCUGGGAUGUGGGCGAGCCAUCCUCCUUCACCAGCUUUGCUUUCGGGCAGCCGGACAACCAGGGGUUUGGGAACUGCGUGGAGAUGCAAGCAUCGGCUGCCUUCAACUGGAACGACCAGCGCUGCAAGACCCGAAACCGGUACAUCUGCCAGUUCGCCCAGGAGCACAUCUCCCUGUGGCAGCGGGACCCCUGA